AUGGCCUCCUGCGCAGACUCGGAUAAUAGUUGGGUGCUUGCUGGUUCAGAGAGUUUGCCUGUGGAGACCCUGGGCCCAGAAUCCAGGAUGGACCCAGAAUCUGGCCUGGAUCCCCAGGCCCUUCCAAGCCUCUCCAAGGCAAAUGGUGAAGAAUUAACAGGGACCUUGGAUAGAGAAGGGACCCUGUUCAAGAGUGAAGGCUCCCAGCCUGGGCCCAUUCCUCCAGAAGAGACUAAAGCCAAGGGCGUCAUGGAAGGUGAUGGUUGUGAUGUGAAGCCCCCUAGCCCAGAAGACAUGGUGGUCCAGGGUGACUUGCAGGAGACCCCCCUGGUGGCAGAUCUGGGACUGGAUACACAGGGCAUGGAGGACCAGAGUCCGCCACAGAGCCUGCCCUCAUCCCCCAAGGCAGCUCAGAUCAUGGAAGACUUCUGCUUCUCCAGCAGUGAGGACGACACCGACAUAGAUGUGGAAGGCCUGCGGAGACGGAGAGUCCGGGACCCCAGCCCUCCUCGGCCCUCAACAUCGAUGGGGAUAGAGGACCAGACAGGGAGCGAGGGUGUGGUUGGGGAGUUGGGCAUCUCUCUCAACAUGUGCCUCCUUGGAGCUUUGGUUCUGCUGGGCCUGGGGAUUCUCCUCUUCUCUGGUGGCUUCUCAGAGUCUGAGACUGGGUCCAUGGAGGAAGUGGAGCUGCAGGUCUUCCCGGAUCCUGGCUCAGAUACUGAGUUGCAGGGUGCUGUGGGAGAUGGGCAGGAUGGACCAGGAGAGCAGCUACAGACCUCAGCACCCCCUGGCAGUGUCCCCAGCCUGCAGAACAUGGCCCUUCUGUUGGACAAGCUGGCCAAGGAGAACCAGGAUAUCCGGCUGCUGCAGGCCCAGCUACAGGCCCAGAAGGAGGAGCUCCAGAGCCUGAUGCAUCAACCCAAAGGGCUGGAGGAGGAGAAUGCCCAGCUCCGAGGGGCCCUGCAGCAGGGUGAGGCCUCCCAACGGGCCCUGGAGUCAGAGCUGCGUCAGCUGCGGGCCCGGCUUCAGGGGUUAGAGGCUGACUGUAUUCGAGGCCCAGAUGGGGUGUGCCUCAGCUGGGGCAGAGGCUUCCAAGGUAGCAAGGUCACUGAGGGGCAAGGCCCCAGGGAGCAGAAGUCAGGCCCUGGCUUCCUGAAACAGAAGGAGCAGCUGGAGAAUGAGGCCCAGGUACUAAGGCAAGAGUUGGAGAGGCAGCGACAGCUUCUGGGAUCUGUGCAGCAGGAUCUGGAGCAGAGCUUGCGGGAGGCUGGCCGAGGGGACCCAGCCCAUUCUGGCUUGGCCAAGCUGGGCCAUAGACUGGUCCAGAAGCUGCAGGACCUACAGAGCUGGAGCCAGGAUCCUGGGGCCUCUGUCAAUGUCUCAGGGACCCGUGCUCAGGAACUCCACUUUCAAAGUUCCAGAGAGAAAAGUGGGAAGGAAAAGUGGCAGAGUGGGCAGGGAGACCGCAAGGCUGAGCAUUGGAAGCAUAAGAAGGAGGUAUCUGGCCAGGAAAGAAAGAAGAGCUUGGAGGGUGAGGACAGGGAGCGGGCAGCGAAAUGGAAGGAGAGCAAAUCAAGGGAUGAAGAGUGGGAAGGCAAGAAGGAUGGCAAGCCACACAGAGGCCCCAAGGAGCUACCAAGGAAAAGUGGGAGUCCUCACUCCUCCAGAGAAAAGCAGAAGCAUCCUCGGUGGAGGGAAGGGGCCAAAGACAGGCAUGACCCCCUGCCACCCUGGACAGAGCUGUUGAGGCACAAGUACCGAGCACCCCAGGGCUGCUCAGGUGUGAACGAGUGUGCACGGCAGGAGGGUCUGGCUUUCUUUGGCGUGGAGCUAGCCCCCGUGCGCCAACAGGAGCUAGCCUCUCUGCUGAGGACAUACCUGGCGCGGCUGCCCUGGGCUGGGCAGUUGACUGAGGAGCUGCCUCUCUCACCUGCUUACUUUGGUGAGGAUGGCAUCUUUCGCCAUGACCGCCUCCGCUUCCGGGAUUUUGUGGAUGCCUUGGAGGACAGCCUGGAGGAGGUGGCUGUGAGGCAGACAGGGGAUGAUGAUGAGGUGGAUGACUUUGAGGACUUCAUCUUCAGUCACUUCUUUGGAGACAAAGCACUGAAAAAGAGGUCAGGGAAGAAGGACAAGCAUUUCCGGAGCCCCAGAGUUUUGGGGCCUAGGGAGGAGCACAGCCACCACCACAAGGGCUGA